GACGCACGCGCGGUGAUCGACGCUUGGAAAUUACAUCCAAAAACUACGACGUAGCCUGGAAGCUGUUGUCUGAGCGCUACGAGAACAAGUACCUCAUCGUCAAAACCACCGUUGAGGCGUUAUUCAGCAUAUCACCACUGAGGAGAGAAUGUGCAGAUUCUCUAAGCCGACUUGUCGACGAUUUCGAGCGUAACCUACGAAUGCUCGAAAAGGAAGGCGAGAAAACAGAUGCAUGGAGCACGCUGCUGGUGUUCAGGCUAAGCUCGCUGCUGGAUCCAACAACCCUGCGUCAUUUGGAGCUUCACCGGAAGUCUACGACCAUCCCAACGUACAGAGACUUAGUGCAAUUCGUCCGCAACCAUUGCCAUGUACUGAAGUCUUUCUCCAAGCCAGCCAGCGGAGCCAGAACCGGAGACACCAUGCGCAGCAACCCUCGAGUGCAAACCAUCCAUGCUGCGACCAGUGCUGUGAAUAGUGUUGCGUACAACGAAAAGUGCAAAUUGUGCGGUGUUUCAAAACAUUCAGUGUUCCGGUGUGAAUUGAUCAACAAUAUGAGUGUUGCAGAUAGAAAGCAACUAGUGCAGUCGAAAGGAUUGUGCUUCAACUGCCUUUCUCCAGCUCAUCGUUUACGACAGUGUACAUCAAGCGGAUGCAAGAUCUGCCAACAACGGCAUCAUACGUUGCUGCACGAAGCAGCACCAGCAACUGAGGCGUCGGAUGCUCCAGCCACGAGUUCGAUCUGUCCUCCUCAGUCCCUUACCCACUGUUCCAUCCAGAUCGAAAACAGUGUUGUGUUGCUGCAAACCGUGCUGUUCCAGGUAAAGGACAAUCACGGACGAUGUCAUCUAGCACGUGCCUUGCUGGAUUCCGGAGCACAACUCAACAUCGUUACCGAGCGCCUUACUCAACGGCUGGGUGUGGCGAAACGGCGAGAGAAUCAUCACAUCGGAGGAAUCGGAGAAGUUUCCGUGACGUCACAACAUUCGGCUGUGUUAAGGAUCCAUUCCUUAGACAGCGAAUACGCAGCGUCCGGAAAGUUCCACGUACUCAGCAAGCUCACUCGUGAGCUCCCAUCAACCCGUAUCAACACAAGCAGCUGGCAGAUACCUCGUCAAGUUCAGCUGGCCGAUCCUUCGUUUCACAGUCCUAGCCCGAUCGACCUCAUCAUCGGCGCAGAGCUGUACUACGACGUCGUUAAGGAAGGACUCAUCAAGCUAUCCCACGAAAGAGUGACACUCCAAAACACUGCUUUUGGUUGGGUGAUAGCAGGUAGAGUCAAUGUUCAUGCACCAUCACCAUCUUCAUCCAUCGUUGGACACGUCUGGAGUACGAGCAUCGAAGAGCAGCUGAGCAAAUUCUGGGAGUUGGAGUCAUGCCGAGCUACCAGCACAUUAUCCGUCGAGGAGAGCAACUGUGAGAAACAGUUCGCAGCCACCACCACCAGAGACACCGAUGGUCGAUUCAUCGUGCAGCUACCGAAACGAGAGGACAAGCUGGCUCGUCUUGGGGAUUCGAAAGGGAUAGCCACACGCCGGUUCCUUGCCUUGGAACGUCGGCUAUCCUCGAAUGCCUCAUUGAAGACAGCUUACACAGAAUUCAUCGAGGAGUACGCAGAACUUCAGCACAUGACAGAAGUAGCCGAGAGCGAUGCUACAAUUUCAUCAUCAUCAUACUAUCUCCCACAUCACUGCAUCGUGCGACCAGAUAGUACCACCACUAAACUUCGGGUAGUGUUCGACGCUUCGUGUGCAUCAGACACCGGAACAUCUUUAAACGAUGCACUGAUGAUCGGACCCACUAUCCAAGACGACCUGAUGUCCAUUCUAUUGCGGUUUAGAAUGUCGAAAUUUGCCCUUGUAGCAGACAUCGAGAAGAUGUACCGGCAAAUCAACAUAGCUGCCAUCGAUCGUCCGCUGCAACGGAUCCUGUGGCGAAAUUCUCCAACCGAGCCGAUACGAACGUUCCAGCUCAACACCGUCACUUACGGCACAUCAUGUGCUCCGUAUUUGGCCACCAAAACCCUGCAAGUGCUAUCUCAGAGGGUCAACGAGCAGAUCUUUGAACAUCUGCCCCAGCAUCUGCAAGAUGAAAGGACGAUUCUCAACUUGGAUGCGAAGUCACCGAUCAUCAAGACACUCGGACUGAAGUGGAACGUUUCCACCGACGCCUUUGUGUUCAACAUCCCACGCUGGAACGCAGACAACAUCAUCACCAAACGAAACGCGCUUUCGCAUGUCGCGAAACUGUUCGACCCAAUCGGACCGGUUGGACCAGUUAUCAUCCAAGCCAAGCUGUUCCUUCAAGAGCUGUUGAAUGCGUACGGAGCGGCGAUUUACCUGCGUUCGACCAACACCGAUGGACGUGUGACAACCAACCUCAUCACUGCAAAAUCCAAGGUGGCACCACUAGCAGACUCCCGUAAGCAAAAGCGUGUUUGCUUACCCCGAAUGGAGCUUUCUGCAGCACUGCUACUGGCACACUCGUACGAGAAGGUGUCAGACGCCUUGAAGCUUCAGGUCGAGACCAUCUUUUGGUCUGACUCAACCAUCGUCCUGCAUUGGUUGUCUGCAACUCCGUCACGCUGGAAAACCUUCAUCGCUAACCGGGUGUCCGAGAUCCAACACAUCACUCACGGCAAGGAGUGGAGACACGUACCCGGAACGGACAAUCCUGCGGACAUCAUCUCUCGAGGAAUGGAUGCGGAUCAGCUGGAAAAUUCAACCCUUUGGUGGCACGGACCAGACUGGCUGGCGCAACCAUCAGAGGAAUGGCCGAACACUCAUCAACCUCGACAGGAAGAAUUCACCACGGACGAAUUGGAGGAGCGACCAAUCUGCAUGGCUGCACAAUCCGUGGCUCCGAACGAACUUUUUAGCCUCCGUUCAACGUUCACCGGACUGCAACGUCUGGUUGCGUGGCUAAGAAGAUUCCGACACAACACAAAUCCUGCUAAUCAUCAACAACGCAGACUGGAUCAUCAUCUCAGCUUGGAGGAACUAGCCGAAUCUACACUGUGUCUAGUUCGCCUCGCUCAAGCUGAAUCAUUCCCAGAAAACAUCAAACAUCUAUCGAAAGGCGAUUCGGUCGGCAACAACUCACCUUUAAAACUACUAGCACCGUUUCUACAAGAUGGCCUGCUACGAGUGGGCGGAAGAUUGCGACAUGCACCAAUCCCGUUCGACCGAAAGCAUCCGUACAUCUUACCCGCCAACCAUCCGCUGACGAAUCAGAUUGCAACCCUGUAUCAUCGGACCUAUCAACAUGCGAAUCCACAACUACUGAUAGCGAGCAUGCGAGAACGAUUUUGGCCACUGCGAGCAAAAAACCUGGCCAGAAGAAUCGUCCACUCCUGCUACAAAUGCUACCGUUGCCGCCCCACACCUGCGCAGCAACUCAUGGGCGACCUUCCAGCAGAGAGAGUUACACCAACGUCAACUUUCUUACACACCGGAGUCGACUUGUGUGGACCGAUACACUAUCGACAUACAUCUCGGAAGGCGCAACUCAUCAAGGGCUACGUAGCGAUAUUCGUCUGUAUGGCAGUGAAGGCUGUACACAUCGAAUUGGAAUUCUUGGGCGCCUCCCGAGAAAUUGCCUCCUUGUCCAAGCAAUUCAACCACCAGUGGCAAACAUCAGUGAUUAAGUCCUGCAUCGACGAUGGCAUCCAGUUCAAGUUCAUCCCACCUCGCUCACCCAACUUUGGAGGUCUUUGGGAGGCGGCAGUGAAGUCUUUCAAAAGACACUUCAAGCCAACCGUUGGGAACGCCAUCCUCACGAGCGACGAACUCAACACGCUACUGAUCCAGAUUGAAGGAUGCCUCAACUCUAGACCACUUACACCACUCUCCAAUGACCCAUCUGAUCUGGAAGUGCUGACCCCGGGUCACUUCCUCAUUCAUCGCCCCAUCGUAUCCCUGGCCGAACCAUCGCUGGAAAAGCUGCCGUUCAACCGUCUCGAUCGCUGGCAAAAGGUGCAAGAGUUUGUCCGUCGACUAUGGAAACGCUGGUCAACAGACUACUUGUCCGGACUACAGCAGAGAACCAAGUGGACCAAGCAGAAGGACAACGUGAAGCUGGAUACCAUGGUGCUGCUGAAGGAGGACGGUCUACCUCCAUCGAAAUGGUGUCUUGGCCGCGUCACGCAGAUCAUCAAGAUUGAAGGAUGCCUCAACUCUAGACCACUUACACCACUCUCCAAUGACCCAUCUGAUCUGGAAGUGCUGACCCCAGGUCACUUCCUCAUUCAUCGCCCCAUCGUAUCCCUGGCCGAACCAUCGCUGGAAAAGCUGCCGUUCAACCGUCUCGAUCGCUGGCAAAAGGUGCAAGAGUUUGUCCGUCGACUAUGGAAACGCUGGUCAACAGACUACUUGUCCGGACUACAGCAGAGAACCAAGUGGACCAAGCAGAAGGACAACGUGAAGCUGGAUACCAUGGUGCUGCUGAAGGAGGACGGUCUACCUCCAUCGAAAUGGUGUCUUGGCCGCGUCACGCAGAUCAUCAAGGUAGCUGACGACAACAUCCGAGUGGUCAUCGUCAAGACGAAAGAUGGAGACUUCAAGCGUUCCAUCUCUAAAAUCUGCGUUCUUCCCACCGACGAGCCAUCAAGUUCAUCCUAG